AUGACCCCCGCCUCCCGAGCCCUACCGGCCACCGGCGUGAAGGUCUCCGCCGCGUCGCUCCCCUCCGCGCCGCCCCCCCCCCGCAGGAGGUCACCGGCCCCUCCGUCCCUGCGCAGACAUGGCCGGGAUGAGGCUGGCCGAGAGCGGGAACGCCCGACGCGUCUCCAGGAGGCCGCAGCAAUCGCCUCCCGCCGCUACUCGCCGGGCCGGCGCGCCCCAUCACUGGAGGCAUCUCGUAGGGAGGCCGCCUUGCGGUCGGAGCUUGCGCAGCGCUCCCAGCACCCGGCCAGGGAGCAAGGCUGGGAUGUUCCCUGGAGGUCCGACCGCGGUCGGUCGCCGCCACGCCGCGACUAG